UGAUAAAUGCAAUUUGGCGGGAAUAAGGGGAAUGUGGAAUAAGCAUGCUGAGCAGGCCAACAUCUCCUCCAAUUUCCAAGGGUUUGGAGAUCAAGAAACUCAUUCUCCAAGGCUUCAACUCCUUCAAACACCUCAAGCAUGUCCACGCUCACCUUCUCCGUUUCGGUCUCUGCCACGACAACUAUCUCCUCAACAUGAUCUUGAGGUGUAGCUUUGAUUUCUCUGACACAAACUACACUCGCUUCCUCUUCCAUCAGAUUAAACAACCCAAUAUUUUUCUAUGGAAUACCAUGAUCCGAGGCUUGGUUUCCAAUGAUUGUUUCGACGAUGCCAUUGAGUUCUAUGGUUUGAUGCGAUCAGAGGGGUUCUUGCCCAACAAUUUCACUUUCCCUUUUGUUCUAAAAGCUUGUGCCAGGCUUUUGGAUUUGCAGUUGGGUGUGAAGAUCCACACCCUUGUGGUUAAAGCUGGUUUUGAUUGCGAUGUUUUUGUCAAGACUAGUUUGGUUUGUUUAUAUGCAAAAUGCGGUUAUUUAGAAGAUGCCCACAAGGUGUUUGAUGAUAUUCCGGACAAAAACGUUGUUUCUUGGACGGCCAUCAUUAGUGGGUACAUUGGUGUUGGCAAAUUUAGGGAAGCCAUCGAUAUGUUUCGGAGGUUGUUGGAGAUGAAUUUAGCGCCAGAUAGUUUCACCAUUGUUCGGGUUUUGUCUGCCUGUACUCAAUUAGGGGAUUUAAAUAGCGGAGAGUGGAUCCAUAAAUGUAUCAUGGAAAUGGGCAUGGUGAGGAACGUCUUUGUGGGGACCUCUUUAGUGGAUAUGUAUGCUAAGUGUGGAAACAUGGAGAAAGCUCGUAGUGUCUUUGACGGGAUGGCUGAGAAGGAUAUAGUUUCCUGGGGUGCCAUGAUUCAAGGUUAUGCAUUGAACGGGCUCCCCAAAGAAGCUAUAGACCUCUUUUUGCAAAUGCAAAGAGAAAAUGUGAAACCGGAUUGCUAUACCGUGGUUGGAGUUCUUUCUGCUUGUGCGAGAUUAGGGGCGUUAGAAUUAGGGGAGUGGGUCAGUGGGUUGGUUGAUAGGAAUGAGUUUUUAUAUAACCCUGUCUUAGGCACUGCAUUGAUUGACUUGUAUGCAAAAUGUGGGAGCAUGUCUCAGGCCUGGGAAGUCUUUAAAGGGAUGAAGGAGAAGGAUCGAGUGGUCUGGAAUGCUAUAAUAUCUGGGCUUGCCAUGAAUGGCUAUGUUAAAAUAUCAUUUGGCCUUUUUGGCCAAGUAGAGAAAUUUGGGAUCAAACCAGAUGGGAACACUUUCAUUGGCCUGCUUUGUGGUUGUACUCAUGCUGGUCUGGUUGAUGAGGGCCGGCGAUAUUUCAAUAGCAUGUACCGUUUCUUUUCUUUGACUCCAUCAAUUGAGCAUUAUGGAUGUAUGGUGGAUCUUCUUGGUCGUGCAGGUUUAUUAGAUGAAGCUCAUCAAUUGAUUAGAAAUAUGCCAAUGGAGGCUAAUGCCAUUGUUUGGGGAGCAUUGUUAGGUGCAUGUAGGAUACAUCGGGACACCCAGUUGGCUGAACUUGUAUUGAAGCAACUUAUUGAAUUAGAACCUUGGAACUCAGGAAAUUAUGUCCUCUUAUCAAAUAUUUACUCAGCAAAUCUUAAAUGGGAUGAAGCAGCAAAGGUUAGGUUAAGCAUGAAUGAGAAAAGGAUCCAGAAACCACCUGGGUGUAGUUGGAUUGAGGUAGAUGGUAUCGUCCACGAGUUCCUUGUGGGAGACAAGUACCACCCCUUGUCAGAGAAGAUAUAUGCAAAACUAGAUGAAUUGACUAAGAAAAUGAAAGUAGCUGGUUAUGUUCCAACAACAGAUUUUGUGCUGUUUGACAUAGAAGAGGAGGAGAAGGAGCAUUUCCUUGGUUGCCACAGUGAGAAACUUGCUAUUGCAUUUGGUCUAAUAAGCACACCACCAACAGCCGUGAUUAGGGUUGUGAAAAACCUUAGGGUUUGUGGUGACUGUCACAUGGCUAUAAAGCUAAUUUCAAGUAUCACAGGUCGAGAAAUAACUGUGAGGGAUAAUAACCGAUUUCAUUGUUUCAGAGAGGGAUCUUGUUCAUGUAAUGAUUAUUGGUGAUAGCUUUGGCAAAUUAACCCUUGUAUCAGAGAGGAAAUGCCAUUCAGCCAUUGUCUCCCUUUCUUGUAAAAGAUAAAGAUUAAAUAUUCUGGUAUUUAGGCAUUGUCCAAGUUCUUGAAUGCAGCCAAAAUAUUUAAACAAAAAAAACAAAAAAAAUACUAGAGGAAUGUCCAAGCUUAUCCCAAACGAAUUGAAGUUGAACUUAUCCAAGUCAGCGGCUUAAAGAGUGGGAUAACGAUCAAUCCGGCUUCCAAGCUUCCAAUUAGGAUAAUCCACCAUGCUUGAAUCCACUUUUGAGAAAUUAAAAACUUCUUAGUCUCGGUUUUAACUUUCAGUGAAAACAAAAAAGACAAAGCUAUUCCACGAGGUCAUCCUUGAUUGGGCAUGACCAACUUUCUUCUUGGUGUUUCAAUGUCGAUAAAGAUGGUCGAUUAGGAAGGGGUGUAGGAUUCCUACCUAUGAGCAAUUGCCGGAUUCCUACCUAACAUCAUAACGUGAAAACAUGAAGAUUGAUGCUUCAAAAGGGUACUUGAAUGAGGACCCAUCUUGCCAAUCAAGACUUUAAUCCAUCCAACCCUCCAUAUUUAGUUCAAUUUUCACAAUAUUUCUCUGAUAAGAAAAAAAAACAAAUGUGUAUCAUGAUUGCGUACAGAAACAUUAUCAAAUUUGAUGAUUGAAAUUCAAUUAUUGGGUGUGAUAGCUAACAGUAGUAUGUACUUGGGAAAAGGGGAGCGCUACGGAAUAUAAUUUUGGGGUUGGGUACAAUUAUGAUUCAAAUAAUGGUUAAUGUUUUGCAGCCAUGGCCCAACCCUGGCACCGACCUACGGCUAUUUGACCAUUGUGGUGGUGUGGGAAUCUUCACGUUGAGGCUCCUGGGCCGUCAGGUAUGGAUUGCCUCUAGAACGACGUCGUUUUCAAAUAGAUGGCAAAUUGCUAAGGACCACUCUAAACGACGCCGUUCUCUGUUUCUUGCUUGCCACACUUCCCCUGGGAAUGUGAAUGUGAAAGCUGCUGGGUGUUUCCAGCCCUUGCUCUACGACUGAAAACCCUUCUAAACUCUUUAAUAUUUUACUCGGAAAAAUCCCUUCAAUUUCCCCCGCAACCAAACGUGGAAUCCGUAUAGAAAGGAAGGAAAGGGUAACAUAGAAAGAAGUAGAAAGUCUUUCUUUAUCUUUGUCUUUCCGUUUUAUCCGGACCUCAAUAGAAUCGCACA